AAAAGUUUGAGAAAAAAAGCUUCAAGACGUACAUCACAUUGCACAAAAGUCUGUUAACUUUUAAUCACUAUUAAAUGCCAGGAUAACCAAUAAGAAAAGUAUUCUUUCAGUAAAACCUUUCCUGAUUGAUUCUUGUGGAAUUCAAUCAUGAUUGAAAUUAUGACAAGCUUUUGUACAACCGGGCCCUAAUAAAGCAUGAAUGUUUUCGUCAUGUUAUAGAAGUUCUCCAGUUGAAAACUAAAGGCCACACUAUAUUGAGCGUUAUUUCAUGCUGAGUCAGAAGGGCAGGAAGCUCUUUGAUUGGCUGAUUGGAGCCUGAGAAAACGCUCAAUAUGGUCUGGCCCUAAUCCUCACAAUAAUCUCAGCAGAAACUUUCAAUUCUCAAGUUAAACGUCUCUAAUCUCCACUACGAACAAUUUCCUCACUAUCUCGCAAUUGCAUAGAUUAUUAGUAGCCUAGCCUGCAAAGAGUGAGAUACAAGAACGCGAAAAUCUUGAAAUUGUUUAUGAAAAAUUUAAAUAUUCGCAACAAUAUUUUCAUCUUUCCCAACUUGGACUCAUCUUACCCUUAUCAAUGCCAUUGUUUGCUCUUAUUGUCGAGUGUGAUAAUGAAGGGAAACGACAGAAAAACUCAAUAAUUUACUGGAAUUAUCUGCAUUUAUGGAAUUUAAUAUUGGUUCAAUCACCUCGAAAUGACUCUAAUCUCGAGAAAUUUGAAGCAUUACAGUGUGAUUAUGAUAGCAUAGACUUGUAUAAAUUGAGAGGAUGAGAGAUUUUUCUCAUCAAAUACCAUUCUAGAACUAUUGGUUUCAACAAGGAGUAACUGAUCUUAUUGAAAAUGGCUUUCAAAUUGGCUAUUGCUCUCUGUGCCUUUGGUGUCAUCUCUCAAGUAUACUGCUCUCCAAUCCACUCAUCAAACUGUGGCUGCAGUUGUGGCAGAACAGCUGUUGUCAUCAAACAGGACAAAUGUUGUUGCGAACAGCCCUGCUGUCCUCCACAACCAUGUUGUUGCCACCAGCCAUGUUGUUGCCAACAACAGCCAUGUUGCUGUCAACAGUCAUGCUGCAAAUGUUGUUGCGUUCCACAGAAAAAAUGCGGUGACACCAUUGUGAUCAAGGAGCCAGACACCUGCUGUUGUCAGCCAUGUUGUUGUCACCAGCCAUGUUGUUGUCAACAGUCAUGUUGUUGCCCAAAGCCAUGUUGUUGUCAACAGCCAUGUUGCAAAUGCUGUUGUGUUCCUCAGAAGAAGUGCGGUGACACCAUUGUGAUCAAGGAGCCAGACACCUGUUGUUGCACUCCAGUUUGCCAGCCAUGUUGUUGUCACCAGCCUUGUUGUUGUCAACAAUCAUGUUGCUGCCCAAAGCCAUGCUGUUGUCAACAGCCAUGUUGCAAAUGCUGUUGCGUUCCUCAGAAGAAGUGCGGUGACACCAUUGUGAUCAAGGAACCUGACACCUGUUGCUGCACUCCAGUUUGCCAGCCAUGCUGUUGUCAACAGCAAUGUUGUUGUCAGCCAUGUUGUUGUCCAAAGCCAUGUUGUUGUCAGCCAUGCUGCAAAUGUUGUUGUGUGCCACAGAAAAAGUGCGGUGAUACCAUUGUGAUCAAGGAGCCAGACACCUGUUGUUGCACUCCAGUUUGCCAGCCAUGUUGUUGUCCAAAGCCAUGUUGUUGUUGUCACAAGCCAUGUUGUUGUUAGAAAAAUAAGAGAGUUGAUGUUUGUGUCAAAAGUUCAAAUGUAUGUCUGUGAUUUUAGCUUACAAAAAUGUACUUAUCAUACCUAUGAAUUACCUAUCAGUCAAACCAUGUAUAAAAAUGCAGUAUUGUAACAGUUCAUAAAUAAUAAAGUAUGCAAUCAAUUAGCAAAUUA